UCGCGAUGCGUGAACGCAAUCUGACCGCUGUGAGAGAGUCAUGAUGGCCGCCGUGCGUCGGGCUUUAGCUCUGCGAAACAAAUUCACCCUUAAUGGUUUGAACAUUUACUUUAACAACAGAUAUUUCUUGAACGACAGAUCUCUUUUGAAGCGUAUAGGGACCGGACUGUGUAUCACUGUCGGUGGAUUCGCUGUGUAUUACCAACACAGUUCAACGUCUGAACGUGGAUACGGGGCGAGCGGUCUGCGUGCGUUUAUUUCUCAGCUCCCAGCGGUGGAUGCAAAAGAAAGGGUCAGUGCAUCAGCUGAAGAUGAAGAGGUGUCUAUAUCAGCCCAUGAGCACAGGUUCAGGCUCUUUAGCUCACUGGAGUAUGAUGGGCAGCUCUACAUGACCCCUCUGGAUUUCAUUGAGUCCAUCACCAUGAGUGAACCAAAGAAAAAGAGAUUUUGGAAAUCUCUUACAAAACAGGAUAUAGACAAGAUACUGUCUGACACUCCACCUGUUCGUAAAGGAUCUUCAAGAUUUUUCAGAAACCUGCGGGAAAAAGGCAUCAUCGCUUACACAGAGUAUCUGUUUCUGCUUUGCAUUCUGACAAAGCCACAUGCAGGUUUUAAAAUAGCUUUCAACAUGUUUGAUGCAGAUGGCAAUGAAAUGGUGGAUAAGAGGGAAUUCAUGGUGCUUGAGGAAAUAUUCCGUAAGAAAAAUGACAAGAAAAAGGAACGUGCAGGAGAUCCUGACAGUUUGUCUCAACUGAGUGUGGAACUGUACGGAUAUCAAGGCUCCGUCAGCAGUAAUGUGCUUAAAAAAGAACAGCCUCAGUCUGAGCCCAGACAUUUCUGGGAUCUUCUGAGGCAGGGUGCAAGAAUAGUUCUCUUUUCAGAUCUGACAGAGCACGAACCAGAAAAUGUCACAGACACAACUCUGCUAGUCCAUUUCUUUGGGAGAAAGGGCAAAAGUGAACUCAACUUUGAUGAUUUCUACAGAUUUAUGGACAACCUGCAGACAGAGGUCCUUGAGAUUGAGUUCCUCAGCUAUUCCAAGGGAAUGACCACCAUCAGCGAGGAGGACUUUGCGCGUAUCCUGCUACGUUACACCACGGUGGAGAACAUUACUGGCUACCUCGAGAAUGUGCGUCAAAGCAUACCAGACGAGAAGGGUAUCACCUUUGAGGAGUUUAGGUCCUUCUUUCAGUUCCUCAACAAUUUAGAGGAUUUUACCAUUGCCAUGCAGAUGUACAACUAUGCACAUCGUCCAAUUGGACAAGAUGAGUUUGCCCGUGCAGUCUAUGUGGCCACUGGACUAAAGCUCUCACGUCAUCUCGUGAACACUGUUUUCAAGAUCUUUGAUGUCGACCAUGAUGACCAGCUAAGCUACAAAGAGUUCAUUGGUAUUAUGAAGGACCGGCUGCACCGUGGCUCAUGGGGUUACAAAGGUGAAGAGAGAUUCACAUCCUUUAAAGGCUGUAUGAAGAAGGAGCUCAGUGGCAAAUAGGUAAAAGUCCCGCUCAGUGUUUCUCUCUGAAAUCACAGUAAGGACAAUGUCAUGUUGGAUGAAAGUUCUCAGUGACUUAAUUCUGUUAUCUACCAGACCUGUGUCCAAUUAGAUUAACACUUGCUACCUCUUUGGCCUAUAGUAACAGUUUGUAACUCGUCAGGCAUUUUUAACUCUAUUAAAGCCAUGAACUAAAGGGUACAACA